AUGGCCCCGUUGGCUGCAGCCCUGCUCUGGGUGCUGCUGCUGCGGCCGUACAGUGCCGGGACGUGGAGAGAGCACAGCCCGCGUCUUCGUGUCGCGUACAGAGAGCUGCUGAAGUCCAACAGCUCCCGGUGGCUGCUGGCCCCAGGGGACACGCCGGGCUCCCAGGCGCUGCUGCUGGAUGAGGACAGGACCUGGCUGAUGGUAGGAGCCAAGAACCACAUCGUCCUGCUGCACCUGGAGCAGCCGGGCAGGGAGCCUGAGAAGAUCUCCUGGCCGGCACCCAGAGCACAGGUAGAGCACUGCCAGCUGGCAGGCAAGGACGUGGAGACCGAGUGCGCCAACUUCAUCCGCCUCCUGCAGCCCUACAACAGCAGCCACGUGCUGGCCUGUGGGACCGGCGCCUAUCAGCCCAUCUGUGCCUUCGUGCAGCUGGGAGCCCGCGGGCAGGGUCCUGGGAUCCCCGUGAUGCGGCUGCUGAGCCAUUCCCUGCAGUCGGGGCGAGGACGGUGCCCCUACAGCCCCCGGCAGCCCUUUGCUGCACUGCUGGUCGAUGGGCAGCUGUACUCGGGCACCUCCAGUGAUUUCAUGGGCAACAGUGCCGCCUUCUUCCGCACCGAGGUCAGCGGGGCUGAGCGGGGCUACAUCCGCACGGAGCAGCACCAGGACCACUGGCUACAUGAGCCCACGUUCAUCGGCGCCUUCGCCAUCCCCGACACCCACAACCCGCAUGACGACAAGGUCUACGUCUUCUUCCGUGAGACGGCCCUGGAGGGCGGGCAGUGGGAGCGGCGGCACAUCCACGCCAGGGUGGCCCGGGUCUGCAAGAACGACGUUGGAGGGAAGCGUGGCCUCAUCAACCGCUGGAGCACGUUCCUCAAGGCCCGCCUGUUGUGCUCCAUCCCCGGGCCCCAGGGCACGCAGACACACUUUGACCAGUUGGAGGACGUUUUCCUCCUCCAAACGCGAGACCCCCAGAACCCCCUCGUCUUCGGCCUCUUCACAGCAUCCAGUGCUGUGUUCAGCGGCUCCGCCGUCUGCGUCUACUCCAUGGCUGCAGUCAGAGCAGCCUUCAGCGGCCCCUUCGCGCACAAGGAGGGCUUCGACCACCGCUGGGUGCAGUACAAGGCCCGCGUCCCCUACCCCCGCCCUGGCACGUGCCCCAGUGAGACGUACGACCCACUGCUGCGCUCCACCAAGGACUUCCCCGAUGAGGUGAUCAGCUUUGUGCGCGCCCACCAGCUGAUGUGGGAGCCCAUCCACCCGCUGGGCCGCCGGCCCGUCCUGCUCCGUGCCAACGUUCCCUACCGCCUGCGGCAGCUGCUGGUGCACCGGCUGGAGGCUGAGGGCCGCCACUACGAUGUGCUCUUCCUUGGCACAGAUGAUGGGAAGGUGCUGAAGGUGGGGCUGCCCGGUGAGGCGGGUGCUGAGGCUGUGAGCCUGGAGGAGAUCAGCGUCACUGAGGUGCCUUCACCCAUCCUGGACAUGAAGCUGUCACCAAAGCGGCAGGAGCUGCUGGUGAGCAGCACACAGGGGCUGCUGCAGCUCUCCCUGUCCCGCUGUGAGCUCUAUGGGCAGACCUGCAUGGACUGCUGCCUGGCCAGAGACCCCUACUGCACGUGGGAUGGCAGUGCCUGCACCUCUCUGCUGCUCACGGAGAAGCGGCGCGCCCGCUGCCAAGACGUGCUGAAGGCCGAUGUGCUCAGCCAGUGCCAGGACACAGCAGAGGGGAUGGCGGCCGUGGAGCAGCCGGUGUUUGGUGUGGAGAAGAACUCCACGUUCCUGGAGUGCCAGGCGCGCUCCCCGCAGACAGCAGUGCGGUGGCUGGCGCGGCGUGGAGAGGGGCUGGGGCUGAGCGAGGUGAGGAGCGGCAGACGCGUGGUGGUGCUGGAGCAGGGGCUGCUGAUCCGCCAGCUGGGCUGGGAGGACGCCGGCACCUAUGAGUGCCGGGCCGUGGAGCGCUCCUUCUCCUGGCCCCUCACUCGCUACAGCCUGCACGUCAUCCGGCACGAGGCCACGGAGCUGCAGCACCGCCGCGGUAAAGGGGCCGAGAGCACGUGGACAGAGCCGCGGGUGCUGGGGGCACCGGGCAGCGGCGGCCUCGAUGCUUACUGCACCGCACUGCGGCUCCGGGAGCGGCAGCGGCAGAAGGCCUGGCAGCAGAAGUGGCAGCACCGCGCCCCCGAGGGCAAGAGCGGCCGUGUGCGCCGGCAGCCCUGGAGGCUGUAG